AUGUUCGAGGAAGACCCAAGGAGCAUAAUCUCGCAUGAGCUCUCGAUCUUCGAUGAACUCUCUGAUUCCAGCAGCACCACCCGCCGCUGCCUUCUCAACCCACUGAACAGCAAGCGUGCUCGAUACUCCACUAUCACCAAUAAUAUCUCCACGUCAUCCAAGUUCAAAGGUGUGGUACCACAGCAAAAUGGCCAUUGGGGAUGCCAAAUCUACGCCCACCACAAAAGAAUCUGGUUAGGCACAUUCAAAACCGAGAGCGAAGCAGCCACAGCAUAUGACAGUGCUGCCCUCAAGCUCCGUGUCGGCAGUGGUGGAGAUAGCAGUACUGUGCGGCGGAACUUCCCCUUCAAUUCCUUCACUGCCCAAGAACCCGAGUUCCAGACCCACCACACCUUGGAAGCCAUCCUCAGCAUGAUCAAAGAUGGGACCUACCAGUCCAAGUUCGCUGAGUUCAUCAUCUCUCGGGUGGGGACCACCACUGAGCUGACCCUCGACCUCCCCCCUAGGCCGAGAGCAAUGUCAUGCGGUGAUGUCAUCUGCAAGCAGUUGUUCCAGAAGGAGCUGACCCCAAGCGAUGUGAGCAAGCUGAACAGGCUGGUGAUACCAAAGAAGUACGCGCUGAAGUACUUCCCCAGGGUGCCUGAUGAGGUUGCAGAGAGUGGCAACGACAAGGUGGGGGAGGAGGACAGCAACCUGGUGCUGAGCUUCUACGACAGGUCGAUGAGGACGCAGUGGAAGUUUCGCUAUUGUUACUGGAAGAGCAGCCAGAGCUUUGUGUUCACAAGAGGGUGGAAUCGGUUCGUGAAGGACAAAGGUCUCAAGGCUAACGAUGCCAUCACCUUCUGCUUGUGUGAGAGGCAUGGUGGUGGAGAGGCGGGAACCAACGAGACGUUUUUCAUGAUCGAUGUGAGCAACUGUAAGGAGAAGGAGAAUCCUCCGCCGGGUUCAAUGGUCGAGCUGCAGUUAGGCAGUGGGGGGAGAUCGAGUAGUAGUGUUCUGUGCGAGGAAACCGACGGGAUCAAGAAGCAGGCGAGGGCUGCUGAUCAUGAUGAGAAGAAGGGGAUAAAGCUCUUUGGAGUGACAAUAGCUUGA